AUUACUUGGUGCACAAAUGAGUCCACAAUUUAGCUUCUAGCGGUGACACUAAAACCCUUUAAACAAGCUUAUAUAUUUUUGACUUUUCUGCAGUAUUUUAAACGUUCGAAUGUGUGGCGAACGUGGAAAAAGUGUCAAAUAAAUUAUACCCCAUAGACCCCGGAAAAAACAAAAUUGUGAACUCAAGGACAACAAACGUCUUCGUUGGACUGGAAUUCUACGAGUCAUCUUCCCUAUUUUGGCAUCUGUUCUAGCACGAUCAUGCUAUGAAUUUGGCUCCACAAUGUCCCUGUACAGCCGUGUCCAUCCAUUGAGGGUGCUGAAAUGCAUCCAGCAGCAGAUAUUCCACCUCCACCCGAUCAGUCCUCUGUCUGUGCCAAGUAGAACCAUUAUCCAUGGCGAAUACAGACGUCCCGGCAUGCCCAGAGAAAACAAACCUCCGUGGAAGAAUAUCAACUUUAGCGUCUCCAAAGGUUUAGCGGGCAUCAAGAAGCACUUCACUCUGCUGAAGAAGGAGUUCCUCGAUGGGUGGGUGGGUCCGCAGGGGAAGCCCAUUAUUGAGCACAUGAAGGAGCAGAACCAACUGGUUUGGGAGUUCCGAGGCCCAGAGAGCCUGGAGCAGUGGAUCGUGUCGUCAGACCUUGAGAUCGGAGGCAAAAGUGAGGUCUAUGUGAAAGUGGGCAGAAACGACAACACCUGUUUGCUCUACGGGACUCUGAGGUCUACGCCACCCCAGGACGGAGAAACACGCUACAGCGGAUACUGCACCAUGCGCUCCAAGCAGUCCCUGGCCUCUUUUGAUAGAAAGAAACACUACGACUGGACCUCUUUCAACACGCUGUACCUCAGAGUGCGUGGCGACGGCCGACCGUGGAUGAUCAACAUCGCCGCUGAAACCUACUUCUCCCACCAGAAGGACGACUUGUACAACUACUUCCUGUACACCAGAGGAGGGCCCUACUGGCAGGACGUCAAGAUUCCCUUUUCAAAGUUUUUCCUGACACAUCGUGGAAGAAUUCAAGAUAGUCAGUGUUGUCUGUGGCUGGACAAGAUCAACACCAUCGGCUUUACCCUGGCAGAUAAAGCCGACGGUCCCUUCCAGCUGGAGAUCGACUACAUUGGCGUCUGCAAAGAUCACGCUCACAUAUCGGAGUUUGACUACGAGCUGCACAAGAGGAACCCGGAGGUUGGCUGACGACAUUUGCAUAAUGGUUGAUGUCAAACAUGACACCAUUGGGUGAUGAACACACUUGUGUAAAA